CCGAAAUAAUUAGUACACGUGUAUACUUGUUCCUUACAUUUAAGAAAGUUAAAAACUUUGAAUUCUUCAAAUUUUUUUCUAAAUAUGUGUGGCAUAUUUUGUUCUAUUAACUGUAUAAAAAACAAUAAAAAACGUUUUAAUAAGAAUGAACAAUCUGAGUGGGAGUUAUGCAAGCAUGUAAUAAAAGCAAGAGGACCAGAUAAUCUGGACAGUUUAAAAAAAGAGUUAUCAGAACAUUGGUAUGGUCAGUUCUGUGCAAGCAUAUUAUGGCUGCAAGGAUUACAACCAAUUUCACAACCUCUUAUGGACACAGAUUGUAAUAUACUUCUUUGGAAUGGAGAUGUUUUUUCUGGUAAUAUGUUCAAGGAGAAUAUUUGUGACAGUAAAGUUAUUUUAUUAUCACUGAAAAAUUCAUUUAAUAUACCAGAUACUUUAAAAGAAAUCAACGGACCGUUUAGUUUUAUUUAUUAUAAGAAAUCUUCAAAACAAUUAUAUUUUGCAAGAGAUAGAUUCGGAAGGCAUAGUUUAUUAUUUAAAAUAAGUAAAAAUUUUAAGUCAUUACUUUUAACAUCUGUAGCUGUUAAAGCUAUACAAAAUAUUAUGGAAUUGCCAGCUAUUGGAAUAUUUAUUGCAAAUUUAAAUUUUAAAGAAAUACAGUUAAGUUGUAUUCCAUGGUAUGAACCAAAUGAACGAUUUAUUAAUAUUUUAACUGACAUUAAAGCUCAAUUUAAUAUUAAUAUUAAUAUUAUUGAAUCAAAAUAUUUGCCAAAAAUAGAAAAAUUAUAUUUAAAUAUACUACCUACUUCUAAAAUGGGUUUCUUAAAGUUCAUUGAAAUUAUGAAUAUCAAUAAUUAUGAUGAAAUAAUGGAUUAUAUAUUGAAGGAUGUUAAUAUUGAUCAGAUUGUAAAUAAUUUACUAGUUUUAUUAAAUGAAUCCGUAAAAAGAAGAGUUACAAUUAUGCCUAAUUUUUGUAAAAAUUGUACAUAUUUGAAUAUUUCAUUUUGCCAACAUGUGAAAGUUGGUAUCUUAUUUUCAGGUGGACUAGAUUCAGCUAUUUUGGCUGCAUUAACACAUAAUCAUAUUAAUAUUAAUGAAACAAUAGAUUUAAUUAAUGUUGGAUUUGAAAAGAAAAUUAACUGUAAUUAUGAAGUGCCAGAUAGAAUAACUGGAAGAAAAACACUUAAUGAACUAUUAGAAAUAUGUCUAGGAAGGACAUUUAAUUUUAUUCAAGUUGAUGUUUCACAAGAAGAACUGGAAAAAUAUAGAUCAACUUCAAUUUCAAAUUUAGUUUAUCCACAUGCAACAGUUUUGGAUGAUAGUUUGGCUUCUGCUGUUUGGUUUGCUAGUAGAGCAGAAGGAACAAUUUAUCCAACAAAACAAUCUUACAAGUCAACCUGUAGAGUACUUUUACUUGGAAUGGGAGCUGAUGAACAAUUUGGCGGGUAUAUGAGACACAGAACAAUUUUAAGACGUAAAGGUUGGAAUGCUCUUGCUGGAGAAUUAAGACUUGAAUUUGAUAGAAUUGCAGAAAGAAAUUUAGGAAGAGAUGAUAGAAUGGUUGCUGAUCAUGGAAGACAAUCAAGAUUACCUUAUUUAGAUGAAGAUUUUGUUAAUUUUGUACAACAACUUCCAGUUUGGGAAAGGUGUUGCCCAGUAGAUAAAUUUCCACCAGGUUUAGGUGAUAAACUUUUAUUACGUUUAUUGGCGCGAAAAAUUAAAUUACACGAAGCAGCAAAAUUUCCCAAACGCGCAUUUCAAUUUGGAUCACGAAUUGCGAAUGGAAAAGAGAAUGCCAAGAAUAUAUCAAAAUAUUUGUAGCUAUAAUGUUUGUCUUAAUUACUGUAAAGCAUUGCCUAAACUUAUCAAUCUCGUCUUAUCUGUCAUUAUCAUUAGU